AAGGCCCAUGACCAACCUGCAACAGGCUUAUUUGGAAAGGAUGCAAGCCACCAGUGGCUAUGGUCGCAUCAGUGAGUCUGCCGGGUCUCCUUCAGUGCGUCUGCCUGUGAAUCCCUUGCCGGUCGAUACCUUGAACAACUUGCAGGCACAGUCCGACCAGGUGCUACGACGCGUUGCGGCGCUGGAGUCCUCGAUGACUGAGGUCACCAGGCGCUUGGACGAUUGGACUGAGGUGACCCGCGGAGGAAUCGCUGACUUGCGGUCCGAGAUCGGGGCGGUGAAAUUGGAACAACGCUUCGCUCAGACGCUUCGAAGCUCGGGUGGCGACGCUUCGGCUCGCCAGACGCCCUUGGCUCACUCAGUGGCCACGGGUACACCAACGGGCCGCAGCGAAGCCAGCGUAGAAGUCAUGGGCGAGGAGCUCAAGAAGAGGUUGGAAGUCUAUGAGCGCAAACUCUCUGCCAUCCACAGUGAACACAUGUUCGACGCCACCACUAUGAAAGAGCGCCUGGAGGCCGCCUUGCGUGAGAGCGACAAUCAGAUGUCGAGGGCUGAUGAGCUGCAGGCCUUGAUGAAGGAGGAGCAAGGCCGUCGUGCCCUGCUCUUUGCCCGCCUCGAGGCUGUAGAGGCGUCAAUGCAAGACCUGCGCACCAGCCAGCGUGAUUUCGCCUCCACGCCAGAGGCCACUGAGAAUCUGCUCCGUGCUGAGAUGAAACAGGAGGUGCAGCGCUUACGAGAGGACCUGGGUGGUUUGGGGCUGGCCCGAGGCAGCGACGACAUGGCACGACGCUGUGAAGAACUGGAUCGCAGGAUGUCUGAGCUGCACCACAUGGUGGAGGCAUCCGUACGAGGCGCAGAUGCGCUCCAAUGCAGGUGCGACAUCCUGGAGAAUCGCUUCGAGAGUGGGGCUGGUGCCGUGUCCGAGGAUCUAUUGCAGACGCAUGCGGCUUUCUCGCAGGAGUCGACAACGCAACUUCGAAACGAGCUGCGCAAGGAGAUGUUGACGCUUCGCGAUGAGUUGGAACGACGUAGCACCGAGCAGCACCAGAGCAUGGCGCAGAUGGAGGCAUCGCGCAUGGAUCUGCAGAGGAAGCAGGAAGCCUCGGAGCGACAGCUCAUGGAGUGGAAGCAGGACCACUUGUCUGAGACCGUGGCGCUGCGUGGUCGCCUCGAGGAGUCCGUGGGUGAACAUCAUGCCAAUCAGGUUGGCCUCGGGGAUAUCAAACAAGAAGUCAACGAUGAACGCCAUCGUCGCAGGGAGGAGAUGUGUGCGGUACGUUCGCGGCUGGAGGCCCUUGAGAAGUUGGAGGCAGCUCCCAGAGUGAGUAUGGAGCCGCGGGAGGAUCUAGGUGAGACGAAGGCGUCCUUGGCACGACUGGCUAAAGACCUGAAUGUCAUGAGGGAAGAACAUGAUCAGGCCAUCAGCAGCUUGGGCAGCUUGACGGAGUUGGUGGCGAAGACCGCCACUGCCGGCAUCCAACGCACCGAGGAGCGAUUGGCGGCAGAUCUCACUGGGAAGCGCCGGGACUUUGAGCGUUCCCUGGUCCAUCACCGUGAACAGAUGGAAAGAGAGGCGAAGGCAAUUAUUGCAGAAGUGAAGAAUUUGAGCCCCACUCUACUGGCUGCAGGAGGUUGCGCCGGACAACUUGAUGUGAGCGACGAUCGCAUGGAGGCGCCCGUGAAAAAUCCGCCGACUCAGUCGGCCAAGAGCCCCCCUCCACCGGAGACGAUCGCGAAAGUCGAGGCAGAUGAUGACAUGCCCAUGGUGGAGCUCAAGCAAGAAGUGUCUGAGGAGCCCAAGAAAAGGCCUCCAAUGGCCUCCUUCUGCAAGCUCUUCUCCAUGAUGGAUUGCAAGGAAGCCGCUAUCUUGAUCAUUGGCAUAUUGGGCGCCAUUGGCAACGGUAUCAGUCAGCCCUUGCUGUGUAUCGUCUUUGGCGACCUCAUCGAUAGCAUGGGCAUCUCCAUGACCGGCGCCACCUUUGCGGCUGAAAAUAUGACAGCAGACGCCAUGGCGACAAUUGAGCAGCAGGUUUCCGAAUCGCAGGCGAUGGACCAAAUGAUGAGCAAGAUGGAAGAGUUGUGUCUUAUCAUGGCCCUGGUUGGCGUGGCAAACAUCGUGGCCAGCAGUCUGCAGGGCGCCUGCUUCAAAAUCUUCUCUGAACUUCAGGCGACGAAGUUCCGUAUUCUGUACUUUGACAUUGUCCUUCACCAGGACGUGAGCUGGUUCGACCUGCAAGAAGUGGCGGCUCUGCCGGCGGAGAUCAACGAUGACUUGGAGCCGCUCGGCAGCCGCGAUCGGAAGAUCCAAGAUGCCUUCGGCGAUAAGUUCGGCAACGGCAUCAUGGCCUUCAGCGCCUUCCUGGGAGGCUUUGGUUGCGCCUUCGGCAUGGGUUGGCUCCUGGCUCUGGUGAUGUGCGCCAUCUUGCCCUUCAUGGGUGUUGGAGCUGCCUUGAUGGGCAAGGCUGUGCAAGAGGUCCAGAUGGAGUCUCAGAGUUGGUAUGCCAAAGCUUCGGCAGUGGUUGAGGAGUGCCUCUUUGCCAUGCGCACCGUGGUGGCCUUCGGAGGCGAACACAAGGAGUUGCAGCGUUUCCAGGGGGCCCUGGUGCAAGCGCGACGCGGGGGGGUCAGGAAUGGCUUCAAGAUUGGAGCUGGCAUGGGCUACACCAUGUGCGUGGUCUUUCUGGGCUAUGCCCUGGCUUUCUACGUGGGAAUGCUCUUGCGUUACAACGAUGAGAAGAACCCGGCCACCGGCGAGUUAUGGCAGCCUGGAACGAUCUUGGCGAUCUUCUUCUGCAUUUUCAUCGGUAGCUUCAUGAUUGGCAUCCGGGCAGUCGGUUCGGGUUCCGUUCAGAUCGGGGUCAUGGGUCGCGCCUCCGACUUGUCCUCCGCGGAUGAUGGGGUGACUGGCUGCGCCACCUUUGGAAAGCGAGGGAGUGAUGAGGGCGCCCCAUGGGUCCCUCCUGCGGCGCCUGCGGGUUGCCCUCCGCGGAUGCCGGAAACGCCAGCUGGACCAGCUGAAACUGGUCAGAGUGAGGUGAAGGGUAGGCUCGAGAGAUACUUUGCCAAGUCGACCAGCAAGGCAUCUGCCAUUGUUCCCGUUCCGGACCCCUCCUUUGCGAGUUCACCCAGCAGAUCGGAGGUCGAGCAGAUCCAGCUCUGUUCGCCCACGCUCUUCUACACCGUUGCAGCCUCCGCAUUAGGAGCCAUUUUCAUCUUCUUAGGGCUCUCUAUUCUCAGCCUCUGUGAGAGCCAUAUAGCAGAGGACCCAGAAACGCCGGAGGUGUUCUGGGUGCUUACCGGCAGAUGGGCGGCCUGGACCUUGUGCUAUCACCUUCCCGUUUUCUCUUUGGCGAUUCUGAACAUCCGCGCCUUCUGUGUCUACGGCAGUUCUCCCACAUGCUUGAUAAGUGAUGUGAACUUUCUUCAUAAACGUUCUGAAGAGGAUGGUUGGAAGAGGCCCAGACUGAUAGGCCUUUCUUGCAUUCUGCUGCACAUCGCCAAUCUUCUGGUGUAUGGGAUGCUCUUCUACGUGUAUGUUGGACGUGAGAAACAACACUUUGGUUUGAUCUUGAUCCAUGGUAUCGGGCACCUGCUGUGCAUGAUCACGUCUGAAAGCUGGGCCACGUGGUUUUUACCGAUGCCUCUGGCGGAGAAGUACAGCAGGCGCAUGGGGCCCUCCACGCUGGGCACAGCACUGCUGGGAUUUCUGGCGGUCAUCGUGGGCUACACUAUGGCUUUCCGCUUGGCCGGACCGUGGAUUGGGGUGUUCUUGCCCAGCUUGUUGAGUCUGUACGAGCUGGGCAGCACGGCUGUCCUGGUCAGGACCUUUACGAAGGAAUUUGUGCAGCAAAGGGAGGUCCGAGAGAUCUAUUCGAUGGCUGGUGCCAACCAGGGCAUUUUAGUGUCCAGCCACAUCUGCAUGCUUCAUGCAAUGGCCGAGGGGGCCAGGAUGAUCCUCAUUUUGGCGCCCAUCACUCACAAUGAGGCAGACUACGACGCGUUCCUGACGCCAAUCAUCAGUGGUUUUUUGUGGAACGUCAUGGUCCGCGCUGGCGUCUUGGAGCGUUUCCUCUUCGUGGCGAGUUGUGGCUGGAAGACCUGUAGCCGCUGCAACCUGCUACUGCAGAAGGUGAAGUACUCCACGGGCUUUCCGCGCUUCUUCGUGCUGGCCGCCAUUGCUGCGGUGCGUGGCUGUUUCCGGGAGGUGUUGCCGGCUGGGCAGGAGAGAUUGGGUUAUGCUAUUCUCUGCUUGCUGCUGGCGGACCUUUCGGAGAAUCUGGUGAGUUGGAUCCUGAAGUCUUGUGGUUGGCAGGUCUACCCCGAGUGGCGCCCGCUGUCGCUGGAGCAGCUGAAGUCCCUGGCGGCGGCGCAGCUGCGGCGCCGGGCCGCGUCCAUCGACUUCGACGCCGUCGGCGGGGCCCUGGCGCAGUCGGAGAACACGAAAGGUUUCAGAGAGGAAUGUUGGAAGCUGAGAGCUCGGUUUGACUUUCUCUAUGGCAAAGAAGAUUGGGAAAUCCUCCCUUUCUGGGCGCAUGUGGUGCCCGUGUUCAUCGCCCAAUUCCACACCUUGCUGUGCAUCAUCUUUCUCUGCAACGGCUUGCACUAUGUCUUGGGCUUUUGUCAAGGAAGCUAUGAUGGCAUUGGACGUGCCCUGAUGUGGUGGCCUUCGAUGACUGAUGAGAUCUGUGAAACUUUCAUAGUUGCAGCGAUGGCCUGGCUGGGAGCUUUCCGCCCCUUACGUGCGGCAGCGAAGGUGGAAGGUAACCUGGACCCGAGCGUGAAGGCGAUGCAAGCCGCACGCAUGGCUGCGGGGCGUUUCUUUUCCGUGAAGGAGAAGCAUCCAGAGGUGCAAUGCCGUGGAGAGGACACGCGCAAGGAACUCCAGAGCAUCGAGAAGUUUGAGCUGGAAGCAGUGCACUUCAACUACCCCGCACGGCCCGAGGUGAAGAUUCUGAACGGCCUCUCGCUGAGCAUCAGCCGCGGCCAAAAGGUGGCCGUGGUGGGCGAGAGCGGCUCUGGGAAGAGCACGGUGAUGGCCCUCUUGGAACGAUUCUACGAUCCCUCAGCCGGGCGCGUCCUGGUGAAUGGAGAGGACAUGAAGAACUUCAAGAUCUCAGCCCUUCGAAGGUGCAUCGGUUACGUGGGGCAGGAGCCUGUGCUUUUUGCCAGCUCCAUUCGGCACAACAUCAUGCAAGGAUUCCCCGAUGCCACCAAGGAAGAUUUCCAGAAGGCAUGUGCCGAUGCCCAGCUGUCCUUUGUGGAGAAUCUGCCGGAGAAGUACAACACCUUCGUGGGCGCCGGCGGCGGGCAGUUGAGCGGCGGCCAGAAGCAGCGUAUCGCCAUCGCGCGCGCCCUGUUGAAGAAGGCGUCGUUCCUCUUCCUGGAUGAAGCCACUAGCGCCUUGGACAAUACGUCGGAGAAGAUGAUCCAGCAGACCAUUGACAGUAUCAGCUCCAAUAGCGAGAGUGGCCUGGGUAUUGUGAGCAUCGCACAUCGUCUUAGCACUGUGAGGAACAGCGACCUGAUCUACGUCUUGGGUCGUGGUGCCCUGUUGGAGAGCGGCAACCACCAGCAGCUGAUGGAAAGGAAGGGUGCCUACUAUGCCUUGGUGGCGGCACAAGAAUCUUCCGAGAAGGCGGACGACGCGGAGGACCAUCAGCUUCCCCAUGACCACACCAGUCACAUGUUGGUGCGUCAGAUGAGCGAACAGAGUGGUGAGUCCCAGAACGCACGCAUUGCACGUGAGAAGAAGGAGGAAGAGGAGCGGGAGAAGAAGAUUCAGAAGGACUACAAGGUGCCAAUGGGCCGCCUCUUUAGCUACAACCGCCCCGAGUGGCCCUUCUUCAUCCCCGCCGUGCUGGGCGCGUUGAUCGAUGGCUCUGCUAUGCCUCUGUGCACCAUCGCCCUGGUGGGGUCCAUGAGAGGUUUCUUCAAACCCAAGGAGGAGAUGCGAGAGGACUUGGAGUGGAUGUGCGUCAUCUUCGUUCUGAUUGCGGUCAGCUGCUUCAUUGGCAGCACGAUCAGCCACGGAUGCUUCUCGAUCCUGGGUGAGGCGAUGACCCAACGCCUACGCGUGGCCAUUCUGACCUCCAUGUUCCGCCAGGAGGUGGGAUUCCACGACAAUCCCGAGAACACUCCAGGCAUGUUGUCGAAAGCCCUGGAGCUCUGGGCGUUCCGCGUGAGCGUGCUGUGCAAGUCGAUCCAAGCCAAGGCUGCGGCGCUGAGUUCUUUGGUGGUGGGCAUCGUGUUGGCCUUCGUUUACUGCUGGCAGAUGGCGCUCGUGAUGUUGGGUGCUCUGGCGGGUUCCAUUCCUGUGAUGAUCCUGGCGAACGCCAUUCAGAUGUUGGUGCUGCUGGGUGCUUCCAAGAAUGACAACGAGAACUUGACCAACGCCCAGCAGAUCGUCACCGACAGUUUGAUGAACGCACGCACCGUGCAAGCUUUGGGUGUCGAACGAUCCCUGGUGUCCAUGUACAUGACCUGGGUGGAGAAGUCCGCAAGCGGCAUGUAUUCUCGGAACAUCUUGGCAGGCAUUGGCUUUGGAAUCGCCUCGGGCGUGAUGUUCUUCAUCAUGGCGGGGGGCUUCUUUGUGGCUUCCCUCCUGAUCCAGGAGAAAGUUGCAGACUUUGAGGGAGUGAUGAUGGCAUUCAUGGGCAUCUUCUAUGCUGGCAUGGGCGCUGGACAGGCUGCUGUGAUGAUGGGCGACGCAACGAAGGCCAAGGUGGCAUGCCACGACAUGUUCAAGUUGAUGGACCGUGAGUCGCAGAUUGAGGGACUGGAGCCCAAGGGUGACAGCCCACAGAAGUUGGAUGCAGGUAUCAUUGAGUUCAAGGACGUGAAGUUCUUCUACCCCUUCCGCCCGGAAAUCCAGGUGCUGAAGGGUAUCAACUUCAAGAUCUCCAGUGGCCAAUCCGUUGGCCUCGUUGGUCCCUCGGGCGGCGGCAAGAGCACGGUGAUGUCGCUGCUGCAGCGCUUCUACGACCCGCAGGAAGGAAGCGUGCUCGUGGGCAGCGAGAAACUCCCCCUGCACUCGCUGAACAUCCGCUGGUGGCGCAAACAGAUCGGCUUUGUGGGCCAAGAACCGGUGCUCUUCAACACCACGGUGAGGGCCAAUUUGAUGUAUGGCAUUGAUGAGGGAGACACCCACCUCACCGAUGACUACCUCAGGAAGUGCGAGAAGAUGUGCAACCUUGGAUUCCUCUACAAGAAUGGCAACAGUGGUCUUGAGACCAGCGUCGGGCCCCGCGGCAGCCGCCUUUCUGGAGGGCAGAAGCAGCGCGUGGCCAUCUGCCGCGCCCUGCUGCGCGACCCCAAAGUCAUGUUGCUGGACGAGGCCACUAGCGCGCUGGACACGCAAAGCGAAGCGAUUGUCCAGAAGGCCCUUGAAGCGGCGUUGCAAGGGCGGACCUCCUUUGCCAUCGCCCACCGCUUGUCCACGAUCCAAGGCUGCGAUGUGAUCCUCGUGAACGCCGAUGGUCGGGUGGUCGAAUCUGGAAACCAUGCCCAGCUCAUGGCACUGAAAGGCGCGGGGACCAGGGGGACCUGGGGGACCUGGAGGACCUGGGGGACCUGGGGGACCUGGCACCAAGAAAUCCCAGCAUUUUGA